AUGGCCGGUAUUCGAGCUUCGAUCGCGAAAGUUGUAAACUACGUCUCCACUAACUCCGAAGUCGUUCAUUACGCCCUCAUUCCUCUCAUCAUCAUCGUCGGCAUGCGCACGACGCCGAGACCGGACUUGAUCUCUCUCUUGACACCCGUUUAG